AAGCCUUUUCAUGGCUCAGACAUGUUGCUGAUAGAAUCUCGUCGAACAAUCCAAUAUCCAUCCCGGCUCCGCGGCAUCUAGAUCUUUUUUUCCAGCCAUGGAGGAGGCUUGCUUUCUUCAAUUGAAUUCGACUAUUGCGAUCUCCAGAGCCUCUCAUCAGCUUACCAAAGGAAUAUUGGAGGGUUUUGUGAUCCAAAGAUGGUGGGCAGCACGAUGUUGACGGUGUACUUGGGAGCCGUCAACGGACUCUUGUACGUUGCCACCGACCAGUAUAUUCCAAGCUUGCCCCGCAUGGAAGUGGAAUUGUCCGGAUCUGAGACAAUUCUUUCUGGUUCGGUGCAGCUGAAUCUCCUUCCCAAGGCUUUUGUAAGCCUUCUUGUGGCGCCCUUGUCCGAUCAGAUUGGAAGGAAACCCAUCCUAUUGACAUGUGCAAUACUGAUGAUCUUGGGGUCGUUUGGCUGUGCCCUGGCUCCGAAUGUCUACUGGUUCAUUUCUGCCAGAAUCAUUCAAUCACUGGGCGAAUCUCUUGAGCCUUUGACCUCUGCGAUUGUUCGCGACUGCUACCCAGAUCCGGGUGAAAGGCUGGCAGCCUUGUCAGUGGUUGGAGGAAUGCUUAUGCUUGGGACUGCUGUAGGGCCAGUUCUAGGAGGACUUGUUGCCUCUGUUUGUCAUUGGAGAGUGCCCUUCUUUGUUUUGUCUCUGGCUUGGGCAGGAUUGGCACACUAUGCUGCCAUUUACAUUCGGGAAACCGGCAUUGAUGUGAAAUCUCCAUCGAGCUACUGGCAUAGUGUCAAGCGCGUGUUUUGCAAUCAACAACUUUUGAUGUUGCUCCUUGCUGAGUCUUGUAUCCAGUGCGGGUAUUUUACAUUCAAUGCCAACGCCAGCUAUCUCACAGAAGCUGUUUACGGUAAGAGUACGGCGGCAACAUCUGUGCUGAUGGGGAUAUUUGUCUUAUGCUCCGCCAUUGGGCUGAUGAUGAUUAUGAGCUCGACCCAGCCUGUGUUGUCAACUGCAAAGAUUUGGAUGACAGCCUACAGUCUGGGAGCUGGCUUGCUGCUUGUGAUUGCCGCUUUUUGCUCUGACCGCUUGUGGGUCUACCUUGGAAGCUCCUUUUUGAUGGGGUUCCUCUUGCCUUGCUAUGUACCUCUUACCGUUCUCUACCUUGACCCUGUCGAGGAUAUUGCAGGUACAGCCGCCUCUUUUGAAAUCUUCUUUCAAUCAGGGCCCUCUGCCGUCUAUUCAGGCUUAGCGACUCAAGGUCUCAUCGGCGAUGGUCAGCGGGGGCUGACGUGGUUUCAAGCUGGAAGCACUGUGCUCGCAGGAGCUGUGUUCUGGCUUGGUUAUGGCUCAACCGCAAAAGAGCCGGAUAGUGAGCGUGUUUUUGAGGACGAGUUGGACAAAUCAACGUGA